AUGGCCGAUCCCAACAGCACGACGAAUAACGCCCUGCCAGGCACCUCCACCUCCGCAGCGCCUGUAUCCACCAAACUGGACGCCGACCUGCCCGACCCCAAACCCGCCCUCGUCGACAAGAAGCCCGUGUGCGUGUGCGCCAAACACCCCCCCAAAGACCCUCGGAAAAAGAAGUCUCGUCCCAAGACCGCCUCCGUCGUGACUCCAUCGGACGACUCCUCGUCAUCGGCCCCGGAUUCCCCCUCCGACAACGACGAAUCCUCCUCCUCCUCCUCGCCAUCGUCCUCCGCGGAAUCCGCCUCGGAAUCCGACCGCAAGCCGCGCCGCCGCCGCCGCCGCCCCAAACACAAAUCCAAGAAGGCCCUCAAGAAUACCCGCAAGAAGGCCCGUCCGCAGUCCGACUCGGAUGAUGUCUCCGAGACAGAGGACAACGAUGACGACGACGAUGAUGAGCUCGACGAGAAGACCCUCAAGAAGCUGAUCGCCAAGCUCAAGGCCAAGAAGCCCAAGAAGGCCCGCAAGGACGACUCCGAGGAGCAGCCCGACGAUGACGAUGAUGACGAUGAUGAUGACGACGACGACGAGGAGGAGGAGCUGGCCCUCCUCCUGGCCAAGCAGAAGCUGGCCGCCCUGAAGUUGAAGACCCUGAAGAAGGGCCGUAAGAAGGCCGCGUCCAAGAUCGCCUUCAAGCGCGUCGAUCAAUUGUGGGACAACACCAUCCACAACUUCAAACUCACCGAGACGGUCGACGACCCCGACGCCAACGAAUGGGACCAGUACCUCUUCACCGUGCGCCGCAAGUUCGACUGGGACAACAAGUACCUCGAGACGGUCGUCGACCUGAAGAGCAAGUACCUGCGCGACGCGCUAGCCAAGGUGAUGGACGGGGUGAAGGGCGUCAGCCUGGUGCAGGAGACGGCGGUCGUCGACCCCAACAUGCUCUUCCUGUACCUCGAAGAGACCCGCCAAUACAUGAAAGAGCUCCGGCAGCUCUCCAAGAGCGAGAAGAAAAAGAAAGCGCGCAAGGUGGCCGAUCUCAAGGCGUCGCACCUCAAAGUCCUCCUCAAAUACCUGGACACCGACUACGCGGAGACCAAGAAGACCCUGUACCCGCUGCUGGACGCCAACAUGAUCACCUUCGACCUGCUGUGGGCCAUCUUCAAGCCCAACACGAUCGCCUACUCCUCGACGUACGGCAACGCGGACGAGCCGCGGGCGUUCAAGAUCGAAUACGCCACCAAGGAGUCCUCCUUCAUGAAAGGCCAAUGGUACAGCAUCGAGGGCCGCUACCUCGAAUACGACGGCAAGACCUUCGGGAUGGGCACCAUGGCCGCGGAGGUCGAAUCGUUCAAGGGCGCCCGCAAGAUCACCAGCCUGGCCUGCUACCCGCUGAAAUACCACCGUGACGCCGACGCCGUCAAGACGAAGCUCAUCGAGCGCGGCAAGAAGUUCGUCGCCCUGCGCGGCAUGAACUACCGCUUCCACAAGGGCAUGGCCUUCUACAAGAAAAAGCGCUCCGUCAUCAAAGUCAACAUCAACGGGCGCGUCAUGAUCGAUCCGGCCAUCCAUCGCCGCAUCAACCCCAAUUAUCCCAUCAGUACCGUCCGUCCGAAGGAUCCGGACUACCUCGGUGGGGACGACGAUGCGAGUGAUGCUUCGUGCUGCUGCGCCGCGGACUCGGAUUCCGACGGGCAGAACCACCACGCUGCCCUCGACUCUUCCUCCCCGUCUGCCUCUUCUGCCUCCCCGAGUCCCAAAUACAAAGUCCUCCGCGACAAAGACGGCAAGCCGCACGUGGUCGAGAUCGAAUUCGACGAGCACGGCCAGGAAAUCAGCCCCCGGCGCGAAGACAUCGACGCCGUCGAAGACACAGCUUCCCCAUCCUCACCCGACAACACCAACACCAACACCAACACGACCCGCACCUUCACCGAAGAAGAACUGCUAACCGCCAGCCCGGUCGUCCUCGGCUUCGCCUUCAGCGAAAAACUCUGGCUGGAAUUCAGCAUAUCCGGCAUCAGUCCGAUAUCAUGGAACGAGACCGCCUUCUCCAGCCUCGUCCUCCCGGAAAACCAAAAAUCCAUCGUCAAAGCCCUCGUGGAAUCGCACACCUUCCGGGCGGCCCAAAACAUCGACGACGUCAUCCAAGGCAAAGGCAAAGGGCUCGUGGCCGUCCUGCACGGGCCCCCGGGCACCGGCAAAACCCUCACAGCAGAAGGCAUCGCGGAACUGCUCAAACGGCCCCUCUACAUGGUCAGUGCGGGCGAGUUGGGCACAGAUUCCCGCACGUUGGAGGCGGAGUUGAAUAAAAUCCUCGACAUCGCGCACAGCUGGGGCGCGGUGUUGCUGCUCGAUGAGGCGGAUAUCUUUCUCGAGAAGCGCACGAUCCAGGAUAUUCAUCGGAAUGCCCUGGUGAGUAUCUUUUUGCGGCUGUUGGAGUAUUUCCAGGGCAUUCUGUUUUUGACGACCAAUCGCGUGGAGACCUUCGAUGAUGCGUUUCAGAGCAGGAUUCAUGUCGCGCUUAGGUAUGGCGAUUUGACCACCAAGGCGAAACGGUGUGUCUGGAGGAUGUUUUUGGGGAGGGUCAAGGAUUUGGAAUCCGCCUCGAAGUCGAAGAGUAAGACUGGCGAAGAGGGUGCUGGUGGGGGUGGGGGUGAGGAUGAGGAGCAGGGCGUGAUUGCUGGCUUCACGGAAAAGGACUUUGAUCUUCUCGCGAGACAUCGGUUGAAUGGGCGGCAGAUCAAAAACUCCGUUCGCACAGCACAAGCCCUCGCCGUCAACGAAAACACCCCCCUCUCGAUGGAACACAUCAAGCGCGUGCUGGAGGUCGCGGAGACGUUCGAUCAGGAUCUGCGCGGCGGGACGGGUUAUUUGGAUGCGAUGCGGAGUUAUACUUGA